AUGACGCCUUCGGUGAUUCCGACGGGACACAAGAGCACGAAAAAUGCAGUGGCGAUUUCAGGUGCAGUGCUUGCGACGGGAGCACACGAGACUCGGAUAUGGGAUACAAAGCUGGCACAAUGUCUUCACACGAUCGAUGGCAAUGGAUCGACAAGCGGUAGUGGUGGUAGUGGUGGAGGAAGUGAAUCUAACGACAAGGUCUGUGCACUUGAAUUUGCGCCAACCCUCGAGCCACGUCAAGAAGGACAAUAUUUGUGGGUUGGCUCCAAGGAUGGCGAAUUGGUUGUGAUUGAUACCAUGUCCGGUAAAGUCAUUGCUCGACCCCAUUCCACACACACACAGGCGAUCAUUUGGAUAUUGCGCUAUAAAAACACGGAAAUGUGGACGAUCGAUGAAGGCGGCGUGCUCAAUGUUUGGGAAGUGCUCGAUGGAAUUCGUUUGGUCGAGGAACACGUGGUCACACCCAGAGCUGCUGCUGCUUUGAUCGUCGGCAGGGAACUUUGGAUGGCUACGACGCGUGCUUUUGAAGUCCAUCGUUUUGGUGUUCAUAAUCUCCAACAGCAGCAACAACAACAACCUGGACCACGUGUGCGUAUUCCUAACGAACUCGGGGACAUUGUUCAACUUACCACGGUCCCGUAUCACGUUGGCAAAAUCUUUAUCGGUCAUGGUAAUGGCAAAGUGAGCGUAUGGGACGCAAAGACAAUGGAGCGGCUCGAGGUUAUUACGGUCUCGAUGUAUGCUAUCUCCUGCAUGGUUUCCCUCGGUGAGUAUCAUCUGUGGAUGGGCUUCAAUACGGGUAUGAUUUAUGUGUACGAUACUCGACCAGAACGAUGGCUUGUCGUCAAGCUCUGGAAAGCACACGAGUCGGGCGUCACGAACUUUGUGGUGGAUAAGAUUGGCCUUGCUCUUGAUGAACCCACUGUGCAAGUGGUUAGUCUGGAUUCUCAUGGGUAUGCUUCGUUCUGGGAUGGCUUAUUAUCUGAACAUUGGAAAGGUCAACAAAUGGAAAAGUUCCGAGCAGAUUACAGCGUAGAGCAGGAUACCCGGAUCCUAAUAUGCUCGUGGAAUAUUGAUGCCAAUAAGCCCGAGAAACUCCCAUACAACGAUGAUCAAUUGGUCCGUGCAUGGCUUAGUGGCAUGCGAGAUCCUGAUCCAGACAUUAUUGUGGUCGGUAUACAAGAAAUCGUCGACCUGGAAUCUAAAAAACAAACAGCACGUUCUCUGUUCGCUUCACGGAAAAAAAUUGAAACGCUUCAGGAAGCAGACGAACUGUUGACACAUCGAUACACGCUUUGGCACGACUAUUUGGCUCGAGUGAUUGCCGACAACUAUGGGCGAGGAGCGUACACUGUGAUCAAAACCGACCAACUGGUUGGAUUGUUUAGCUGUAUUUUUGUACGAUCAAGCGAGCUUCGACGUGUCUCUGCAGUUGAAUCAACGGUCGUCAAGACGGGCAUGAAGGUAAUGAAAAAGAGUCUCCAUGGCAACAAGGGCGGUAUUGCCAUCCGACUCCAGAUGGACGACUCGUCGCUUUGUUUUGUCAAUUGUCACUUGGCUGCUGGACAAUCGCAUCAAGCUCAGCGCAAUACUGACGCAGAAGGUAUCCUCAAAGAAGCUGUUUUCCCGGCACGACCGCAAGAUGUGGAUGCCUAUCCACGCGGAGGCGAUGGCACAUUGAUUUUGGACCACGAGCACUGUUUUCUAUCAGGCGAUCUCAACUACCGCAUCAACAUGCACCGCGAAAAGGUGUUACAGCACUUGGCCAGUCGAAAUGCAGUCGAAGGAUUGGCUGCAUUGCAAAAGGAAGACCAGCUGUUAAAACAACGCUACACGAACCCGUUCUUCAAGCUACUGGUGUUCCAAGAAAGCCCAAUUCACUUUUUGCCUACGUACAAGUAUGACCCAGGCACCGAUUACUAUGAUCGAUCCGAAAAGAAGCGUGUCCCAGCUUGGUGCGACCGGAUCUUGUACCGUUCGAACGGUGUCCAAAACUUAUUUUAUCAACGCCACGAAGUACUAGCCUCGGAUCAUCGGCCGAUCAGUGGCGGCUUCAUUGUGCGUGUGAAACGCGUCGAUCAGUCACAAAAGGCACGGGUUGCGCAUAAUGUCGAACAAGCAUGGCAGCAGCAUUAUCAGCAACUUGUCAAUGAACACAAGGCCAUGUAUGUUGGCGAUUUCAAUAUACAAGACGCCGUGCAUCAGCUCCAGGCUGUUAACUGGGAUGUACAUCAAAUUCGAUAUUAA